GAACACUGCAUCAAACCAAUGCACUGCUCUGAGCGGGAUGCGUCAGCAGUACAUUCACGUUUCAACUGAAGGACGAAAGGAGGAGAAAGACUCUGCCGCCUGUAAGCCGGUCACACAGAGAGAAACAGAGAGAGAGGGGGGUGAGCGCUGGAGGUGAGGACCGCUGCUCUUGUCGCUGUAGAUGGUCUUCUCAGGCACGUGUGCGCGUCUCUCUCUCUCCCUCGUGUGCUCUACAGCUGCCCAUCUCCCACUGCAGAAUCGCUGCCAACCCGCAGCCUCACAGCCAGAACAGGCGAACUGCCACAACUUACUACCUCAAAACAAGGAAAAAAAAAAUCAAGGAAUACCGCAGAAUCUACAACAGGAGGAGGGAGGGCAAACUAAGGAAUCCUCCGCAAGGUACCUCUCCGAAAUUAGCCACGCGUCACACGGCGGCAUCAAUCCUCUUUUUCUGACACUGAGAAGAGAGAGCGAUGAAGCCGGAGUGAGAGCGAGAGAGCGCAAGAAUCGGGCGAGCGACGGAUAGAGAGAGAGAGCUUCACCACCGCCACGCCGCUGUUGCUGCCGCUCUCCUCCCGUCCUCCACCCCCCUCCCCCCCUCUGCUCCAGCAACACCACCCCCGAGCCCCCCUCUGGAGAAAUUGAUGGAUUAUUGCUAACUGUGCACGCGGCAGUCCGCAGCUGCUACAGCGACAGACAGGAGAGCGGAGCGAGUUAAAAAAGCAAGACGGAAUGACCGCAGUGUGCGUCUGUUAGCCUUUUUAGAUUCAUCAGCGCAUGGCUAAUCGGCUGAACAAGUGUCGUGGGGAACAGACGAUGGCAAACUGAAGAAAAAAGAAAGCAGGUCAGUGUUUAGCGAACGGGAAGACAAAUCUUUGAAGACUUUGGGAUACUGCUCCCCUCUUUUUCUUUUCUUUUUUUUCUCGCCUUGGUUUUAAUUGUGCAUGUACUUUGGAAAUGGAGUCUUGUGAAGAUUGUUCGGUGGUAUUCAGCAUCGCCUUCCAAGGACAAUCAAUUGGGAAACUGAGAGGAGAUCUUUUUCAAGCUGACUGGAUCUGUGCACCUGCUUAGCUGACUGGGCCUUACCCCUUGAAUCAGUUUCAUUGAAUGCUGCUUCUCUGUGGAAUUAACAGGGGCCAUUUUGUCAAAUCAGUUUAUGAUCUACUUUACUUUUCUAUGAGACAUAGCCGAAAAUGUUGCAGUGAGUUGGAAGCAUGAGCGAACGGUGCUGGAGAUUGGCUUCAGUGUAAAGGAUUAUAUUAAGGACAGCACUGAGCUAAUGAGCACCAUCCUGCACUGUCGAUGGCAAACAGAUGCAGUGUCUUGCUCAAACCAGGGUAGGGCCACUGUUCUCCGUUCCCCAGCCGAAUCCCCACGCGAUGUUGAAUUAUGAACGCGCCACAUCAUGAGUCUCUUGUGGCAGGUAACUGUGCACCGUGCCUGGAACGCAGCCCUGCUCUGUGCAGUCUACCUCAUGGUACGAUCGUGGAGUGUGCAUGCCACCCCCUCCGGACCGCUGACCUGCCCCGCCGUCUGCUCCUGUGGUAGCCAGUUCGUUAAAGUGGUGUGCACCAGGCGCGGCCUGGUUCGAGUGCCCCCGGGCAUCCCUGCCACCACGCGACACUUAAACCUGAUGGAAAACAGCAUAGAGACAAUUGAAGCUGGCACGUUUCAGCAUCUCCACCACCUGGAGGUGCUGCAGCUGGGCAGGAACUCUAUUCGACAGAUCGAAGUGGGGGCCUUCAGCGGCCUCAACAGCCUCAACACGCUGGAGCUGUUCGACAACCGGCUGACGGUGAUUCCGAGCGGAGCUUUCGAGUACUUAUCUAAACUACGGGAAUUAUGGCUCAGGAACAACCCCAUUGAGAGCAUACCGUCGUAUGCGUUCAACCGGGUUCCCUCUCUCAUGCGGCUGGAUUUGGGAGAGCUAAAAAAGCUGGAAUAUAUUUCUGAGGGUGCUUUUGAGGGAUUAUACAACUUGAAAUAUCUUAACCUUGGAAUGUGUAACCUAAGGGAGAUGCCAAUUCUGACCCCUUUGGUGGGGCUGGAGGAGCUCGAGAUGUCAGAAAACUACUUCCCAGAGAUAAAACCCGGAUCUUUCAGGGGCUUAAAAUCCCUGAAAAAACUUUGGAUUAUGAACUCUAGGAUCACCACGAUAGAGCGAAAUGCGUUUGAUGAUGUCACGGCCUUGGUUGAGCUCAACCUGGCCCAUAAUAACCUUAGCUCUUUGCCACAUGACCUUUUUGCGACCUUGAGUUAUCUGGUGGAGCUUCAUUUGCAUCACAACCCUUGGCGGUGUGACUGUGAUGUCGUGUGGCUAGCCUGGUGGCUGAGGGAGUACAUCCCCACCAACUCCACCUGUUGUGGCCGCUGUCACACCCCUGCUCACCUACGUGGGCGCUAUCUUGUUGAGGUAGACCAGAGCACCUUUCAGUGUUCUGCACCUUUCAUUUUGGACGCCCCAAGGGAUCUUAACAUUUCUGCUGAAAGGGUAGCAGAGCUUAAGUGUCGUACGGCUCCUAUGUCGUCUGUACGGUGGCUGUUGCCCAACGGAACGGUUCUGACACAUGGCUCUAAUCACCCACGGAUAUCAGUGCUCAACGACGGGACUCUAAACUUCUCCAACGUGCUGCCAGCAGAUACGGGUGUCUACACCUGCAUGGUGACCAACAUGGCGGGCAACUCCAACGCUUCGGCCUACCUGAACGUGACUGCAGCUGAGCUUAACACUUCUAACUUGAGUUACUUCACUACAGUGACUGUGGAGGAGGUGGAGCCCACCUCACAGGAAGUGAUCAAGCCAAAAACAGUAACCGCUUCCCCCUCCGUCUUUCGACCCGCUUUUAUCUCAACGCCAACAGUUUUACUUCAAACUCCCCGGCAGGUGUCCGUGCCGACCGUACACGGAACAGUGCGCCCCCCUGCCAGUCUCGACGAGGUCAUGAAGACAACAAAAAUCAUCAUCGGCUGCUUUGUGGCGGUCACCCUGCUCGCUGCUGUUAUGCUAAUCGCUUUCUACAAGCUACGGAAAAGGCACCAACAAAGGAGCACGGUGGCAGCUGCGAGGACUACAGAGGUCUUUCAGAUGGAGGAGAACGUAUCUACCACCCACGCAGGCACGAGUAUACCGGGAGAAAGCGGGAUGACUUUACCUAGCCUGAGAGAUAACAACAGCACCUACAAACACAGCUACAGUUCUUACAGGCCGGCUCACUUUGCUCCAUGGGAAGAGAACAACAUCGGAAAUUCCCUGCACCGCUCCCGCCCUACGACCAUCAGCACCAUCCCCGAACCCUACCUGCUCAAAUCCCACACAAAAGAGAAGGUACAGGAAACGCAGAUAUAACGUUCUUACAGCCUUCUCUUCUUCUGUCUUUUAUUCUGUUCAUCCUAAAAAACAUGCAAUAGAAUGCACAACAGAAAAGACAGCAAUUACUUUUGUACCCAGUGCAAAAACGAGACUGUUUUUCUUGUACAUGCUUAUACAUAAAUAUAUUAAUAUAAAUAUAUAAAUGAAUCCACUAUGGGAUGACAAAAGAAACAGAUUAUAUAAAAGUGAAAAUGAGUUUAAACUAUUUUCUAACGUGUAACUCCUAUUUAAGAUGGGAAAAUGUGACGAUGCUGAUUUGACGAUGCAAAUGAAGAGCGAUUUGUUUGAAAAAGGGGCAACCUGUGAUUUUUAGACCAUUCUGUAUAGGAUGCAGUAAAGUCCCAUUUAUACAGAGAGAACUUUCUAAGUCCACUGAUUGAUCUUUAAAGGCUUACCUUCUAAAAGCACCAAGAAUUUGUAUCGUGCCAAAUGUUAUACUUGCAAUAAAAGAGAACGGCUUAUGAGAUAGGAGAGACGAAACAUUGCAAAACGCAGCAUGGAGACCCAGAGAGAAAGGAGCUGCUGGAUACACAGAGUCUGCUGUUCUGCAGCUCCCAGCCAAAUGGUUUUUGGGCUGCGCCAUAGUUUUGCAGCAAGCAUUUAACUUUACAGUACCUUUCCAGAAUAGGCAUCCUGCUUGCUUUAUGAGUUUAAUCUACUGCUUAUUACCCCCGAAGUUCCUCUUGGUUUGACGAAUAAGAUGGACUUAUCCACCAACGUUUCAUAAUUUGGAUAUCGAUUGCCUUUCCUAUUUGAUUCCCAUCCUGUACUGUUUUCAAUAUGAUUUGACUGGCUUUUAGGGCUAAUUCCGUAAACGCAUUACAACAGUUGCCUCAGAUUCGUAGCGCAAGGGCUCGACUGGAUCCUAGUUUUUCAGACUUCCGGUCGCAGUGACUGGACGGUUUGCUGCAGGCUCACGUUGACAUUGUUUCACAUUUUCUUUACCGAGAAAGGGAUUCAAGUGAAUGUGUGCAUUAUGGACUUUCCUUUAUGGAGAUCGUUCAAACUGCGGUUUCCAUUUGUCCUUCUUUUGAGCAACACUAUUUUUAUGAGGAGUCUACAGAGGUUACAACAAUAAAAAGAAAACAUUUGGUUUGUAUUUCUCUAAACUCAAUUCCCACCUCUUGUC